GUCUUGAGACAAUAUUUAAAGUAAGUGAUGUCAAACCCUCAAAAAUAUUAUUCUCUAUUAUUUUUGUGAGAGGUGAUUUUGUUCCAAGAUUAUUCAAAAACGUGAGAAAACGAUAUUGCAUGAAUUUGUAUUAUUACCUAUAAAAUAUGUAUUAUAAUGUUAAUUAAUGGUGCGCGUGGGGGCCUGUAGAGAGAAAACAAAUUGCGCGAUCACAUGUUUUAAGUUUACUUAAAUAAAUAAGUGUUGUGAAUUAGAUAAUAUGUAUAUAAUAUAAUAUUUUAUAAUACGAAAACAACGAACCGCGAUUAUAAUUAGGAAGGUGCAUAGAUUCUAAAAUUGUUAGAUAGAUAUAAAUAAAUGUACAAUGUUUUUGAUCUGGACUAAGUUCAACUAUUUUUAGACUCUAAAAUAGGCGUAAAUAACAUGUUAUUAUUCAAGAACAAUAUUUUAAACGACAGCAAUAUUAUAAUAUUUUGUCGGCAGUAAACAAAGUAUUGAUUCCAACUCUGGAUAUAGAGUCCGGAAAGUAACAAUGGGGCUAGCAAAUUUAUUAAAACUAUGUUGCGCCUUGUGCCUUAGUAAAGGUACGAAGGUUUACAACAAAGAGACGGUCGUCAGCCGACAAGACAAAUAGCGAUCAUUAGGGAAUAAGAAAAUAUGCGAUUGAUAGUUGUUUUGCGUAGCGAAUGCAACUACGGUAGACGGUAGUGAAGGCGACUAAUAACCAUUUUAUUUAAUGUCGUGUUUGUUACAAUCAUAACAAAAACCGCAAACUGCACGAGGAAAUAAAUUUUCUGUAAACGUAUUUUUUUUUUCUAGUCACACGCAACACAAUGUACAACUACACUCUUUUGGUUGAAUUGUACAAAAAAGAAAAACAAUUUCAGAAAGUAUACACCACGUUUCGACCUAACUUAAAAGCACCACCUGUAACGGGAAAAUUUUAUGCUCGUCACGAAGCAAAUGUUAAUCAAGGUGAACCAAAUGAUCACUACAUAGAACUUUUGGCACAAGCUAAAUCUCUAGGGCCAAAGAACAAAUUUCCUUCUCCAAAAACUGAAAAUCAAAGGUAUGGGUGGCACGAUAAAUCUUUUAUUCCACGAAAUGAAGAUAUAUUGAUGUUUCCACACGUGGAAGCACCCGAAAUAAAAUUAGACAUCAUAUUAAAGCAGAAUUAUAAAAAUGAAGUACCAUUUAGUGGAAUACCUUUUAAAUUAUAAUAAAACAAAAUAUAAAAAUCAUAGAA